UAAUUUAUUGGGACUGAAGGACAAUUUGGCUUUUCUAGGCAGUGGCCACCAGGUUGUCAUGAGGCACACCGCAUGGGUCGACUAUAAAAAAACGUUCUGUAUAUUGCAGAAUGGUCCUCCUGCAGGCUCCAGCCUUGUGUAUUGUCCAUUCUCUUAUGUUCCAGAGCCUGCUGACCCAGCACUGACACAGCAGGCACCUCCCUGUCCUCUGUUCACAGACCUGCUCUGUGUGUAUAUGAACCUGUUACUUCUGAACAUUUACAGUGUCGACUGUGGUCAUUCAUCAUCCAUUGACCUGGUUUUUGUCCUGUCUAAACCUCCGGUACCCUAAGCUUCAAUAACAAGGAUCUAAAUUCAAUGAGUUACAUUCUUUAUUUUUAUUUAUUUUUUGGCAUUCCUAAUGAUUUUAGGUAUAUAUUCUGCUGGAUCAAGUACAUUUUUGGUGUUCCAAACAUACUGGAUGGCUAAAUUAGAAACUUAGGAUCAACAAUUUAUUUUUUUUUUAAUUUGGACAUUUCUACUUAUUUCAAGCAUUUCCUAGGUUAUUUUUUUUAUCUUGUAUUUAACAGUUUUAAGGAUUCCGUUUUUCUGGUUCCCUUGGGCAUUCGUGGCAUCAUUGAUGGUUACUCAUUACUAUUUCCAUGCUAUUUACAUCAAUCUUUCAUUUACUAAAAUACCAGCAUUUUUUUUACUUAGCAACACAAUGAUAGUGUUGUAAUGGACGAUUAGUACUUUUGCUACUUUGAACUUCCUCAAACACAUAUUCUUCAACAAUAAGGAGUUCUCGCCUACACAGUUCAGUGAAAUGAGACCAUACCCUGCUAAGAGCUACAUGAUGAAAACUCCCGUCCUUCUACUUUUCCUGUUGGGUCUGCAUUUCUCUUCAGCUACCUUCAAGAUCUGUGCUUUUAACAUCAAAAGUUUUGGAGAAGCUAAAGCGUCAAAUAAGAAGAUAAUGGGCACACUGGUGAAGAUUCUGUCUCGCUGUGACAUCAGUGCCAUCCAAGAGGUCAGAGAUUCCAAGGGAGAAGCUGUCCCAGCUCUUAUGACUGAACUCAACCGGUAUGACUCCAUCCAUCAAUACAAACAUGUGGAGAGUAAAAGAUUGGGAAAGAACAGCUACAAAGAGCAGUUUGUCUUCAUCUACAGAUCUGACUCAGUAAAGGUGGUCGACUGGUAUCAGUAUGUGGAAAAACAUCCAGAUCACCCUGAGGCCUUUGCAAGAGAACCGUUUGUUGUCCGCUUCCACUCACCAAGGACAGUUAUUAAAGACUUUGCCCUGAUGUCUCAUCACACUUGUCCAAGGGAAGCAGCCAAGGAGAUCAACCGUCUUCUGCAGGUCAUGUUGGAGGUGAAGAGUCAAUGGAGAAUUGAGAAUGUUAUGCUUCUUGGAGAUCUAAAUGCAGCUUGUGGCUACGUGACCAAUGAGGAAUGGAGGAAUAUUCAAAGGAAGAGCAGUAAUACCUUCCACUGGCUGAUCAGUGAUAAAGACGAUACAACAGUAAACACCAAAACACAUUGUGCCUAUGACCGCAUUGUUGUACAUGGAGAAGAAUUCCUCAAAGCCCUUAUACCAGGAUCUGCCAAACCAUUCAACUUCCAGAAAAAAUUUGGGCUCUCUGAAGAAGAGGCUCUGGAGGUCAGUGACCACUUCCCAGUGGAGGUCAAUCUCCGGACAGACCCACGGAUGGACAGAGAGCUAUAACUGUCCAUUUCAUUCCAACAAAUGAAUUGAACGUUUUGUUUCUGAUCAAUAAGAAGGCUACAUGGCAUUGUUACAUUUCAGUCUGUCUUGCGUUCUUCCCCAAAUGACUUCACUGAGGGUUAAUCAAGCAGAAGGCAUGAAACUCCAAUAAAAACUUUAUUUUGAGCACUC